AUGGGAACAGAAGCAUAUGAAACAUACGUGAUGGGAACAGAAGCAUAUGUAACAUAUGUGAUGGGAACAGAAGCAUAUGUAACAUAUGUGAUGGGAACAGAAGCACAUGAAACAUAUGUGAUGGGAACAGAAGCAUAUGAAACAUACGUGAUGAGAACAGAAGCACAUGAAACAUACGUGAUGGGAACAGAAGCACAUGAAACAUACGUGAUGGGAACAGAAGCACAUGAAACAUUCGUGAUGGGAACAGAAGCAUAUGAAACAUACGUGAUGGGAACAGAAGCAUAUGUAACAUAUGUGAUGGGAACAGAAGAAUAUGAAACAUACGUGAUGGGAACAGAAGCAUAUGAAACAUACGUGAUGGGAACAGAAGCAUAUGUAACAUACGUGAUGGGAACAGAAGCAUAUGAAACAUACGUGAUGGGAACAGAAGCAUAUGAAACAUACAUGAUGGGAACAACGGUCCUGAAAUUCUAA